AGGGGGUGGAGGAGUAGCAGUUGGGGAGUAUUAUUGCCCUGCAGCUGCCCGGGAGGGCUGUGGGUGCGGGACUUCCUUGUUUGGGCCGGUAUCAUCAUCCGCAUUGCCUAUCUGCAGUGGCUGCAGCGGCAUUCAACACACACAUGGUCGCUAUCGGUAUCAACAGGAUGAUGACGGUUCCCUCCUCCUCAGACCUCUGCCCGUAUCCCUCCUCCCCAGACCUCUGCCCGUAUCCCUCCUCCCCAGACCUCUGCCCGUACCCCUCCUCCCCAGACCUCUGCCCGUAUCCCUCCUCCCCAGACCUCUGUCCGUAUCCCUCCUCCCCAGACCUCUGCCCGUACCCCCUCCUCCCCAGACCUCUGCCCGUAUCCCUCCUCCCCAGACCUCUGUCCGUAUCCCUCCUCCCCAGACCUCUGCCCGUAUCCCUCCUCCCCCAACUGCGCAGGCGCUACUUGACGCCGCUCAGCAGCAGCAGCAGCAGCAGGUGGAGGGGGAGCAGCAGCAGCAGCAGGAGGGGGAGCAGGGCUACGAGCAGCAGCAGCAGCAGGGGGGGGAGGCGGUGGCGUCGCCUGACGCGUACGUCGCACACGUGUAGAGCGGUGUGUGUUGGUGCGAUGUGAUGAUGUGUUGCAUGGGGACACGUGUGGGGUAGCUAGGGCGGGGGGUAGGGGGGCUGUGACGGCAGGGCAGUGACGGCGAGUGUGUGCUUAGUGGCAGCACGGCGGGGGCCCCCGGGUGGUAGGGGCGACAGGGGUGGGUUGAGAGCUGGUCCGGCUGCAGUGUAGGGUUGGGUUCAACAGCCGUGUUCCCUUUCAGGGGAACAAUUGUAACGGUCACUCAUUCACUGAUCACGUGAUCAGUGUCUGGUGUGCGGAGUAUGCGUGAGGGGCAGCAUGCAUGCAGGUGCUGAGGGGGUGGGUGUGCUGCCGGGGGCUUUUGCUUCGAGGAGAGGAGGUGUGAAGAUGGAGGUUGCGACGGCGACUGCUGUGCGGGUCUGUUGGUGUGCGGAGUCGAGGAGUAAGUGUGGAGGGCUUUGCGGUGUAGGUACCCCGUUUUGUUGUGCCGAGUGAGUGCGGGAGGUGCGUGCGGAAGCUCACUGCCCUGUGCAGCAUUUUGUUCGGUGUAGGGUCUAGCGUAUUGGAGAGCUGCAAGGGGAGAGAGAGCCAACGUACUGAAUGGAAAUGUAGUUGUUCACUGCAUACUCAAUUCAUAAUGUAACAGCAACUGCGGUAUGUGGGCACACGCACACACAUAUUGUAGGCGGACGCCGUUCUGGGGGGCACUAGGGACUAGGGAGAGACUAGGGAUUUGGGAUAUUCCUUAGUUCGUUACAAGGGAUGAUUCCUGUUCUAGUUCUUGUUCUUGUUCUUGUUGUUCCAUGGGCUCCUUGGGAGCACUUAAAUAUCCUAGGGAUACCGUACAAGUAGUCCUACCCUGGAGUGUCUCCGGAAAGUACGACACAAGUACUGGGUUCUAGAAGCCCAUGCUAGCCAGAAUCUUCCUAACUACCUUGAUCUAUCCAUAUGCCUAAGGUUGCCGCAUGUACCAACAUAUCAUGCGACCUUAAACGGCAGAGUUCGAACCACGCAACCUUCAAUACUAGCCUUUUGCACGCUGUCGCAUGCCAUGUCCUGCAACACAUCUUCUGGGAGGACUCCAUCUUCCGACAAUCACAGUACGUUCCGACUCGCGGCCACUUCUACACACGUUACACAGUUUCCUUGAC